AUGGAGAUCAACUUGACAGUGAAAGACAAAGAGAAGUCCAAGAGCGAUGCCGACCUGAGCGUGGGUGAGUUGAGGCACCUGCAGAUUCGACACUCACAGAUCUCAAGCCUCAACAACUUCUUUCGGCAGAAGCACAAACGAAGCAAGAAAAGGGGCAUUGCCCCGCAGAUCUUGUACGUCGAACGACCAGAUAAUCCUUGGAGAGACCGCUACUUGGUUUGCAAAGACUGCGAGCGGCGUGUGAACUACGAGAACAAGCCCCCGCGGAGUAACUGCAACAAUUCCACGGUCAUGGAACUUGACAUGACGGCACAGUUCUCCCGAGAUAACGUGAUGGUCACCAGUUGUGAGUUGGUGCAGAUGGUGAGAGACGAUGUGUGGGUCAAGUAUGAGAAGGGUACCUAUGCUAGAACUGACAAGAAGCAAGCGCCAGCUUUCCCAGUUCAAGUCUGCUGCGUGUGCCGGAAGACCACGUUGGAGGAAGGGCGGCGGUUCAAGGUCUGCCCCGUUUGCGAGGGUGCUGCGUACUGUAGUGAAAGCUGCUUCGCUGAGCACAAUUUGAAGCACCAGGCUUCCUGCGUCAGACCCCAUUUGCCCUACCGUGGUGAGUGGGGCAUCAGGAAGGAACUCCGGGAGAUGCGCAAAGAGAUCUAUCCCCUCAUCAACUCUUGGGUCUUUCGGGAACCAGAGGACUCGCGGAUGCACUGGGAGUACUGGGAACACCGAGUGGCUUGGUUGCCGCCUCCGGAGCACCAGCAAAAGAUCUUGGACGCACAAAGGACGCCCAAGAGAAUCAGCCUGGCUGGUGGCCGUAGCAGGAAGCUGCUGCCUGCGGAAGGCCUCGCACGAAGCAGCGUGGAAGGUGGACAGAUCGUGUUGAGAAAGAAGGAUGCUUUGGCCUACAGAAGCCCAAGGGCUUAUAGGAAGCAGGAAGAGCCUGACCAGACCUUCCUGGAUGACAUUGGAAUGACCAGAGAGGAGUACAUGCGCAAGGAUUUGGAACUUCGGGCCGAGGCGAUUCGAGCUGAUGAGGAAGCCCUGUCCCUGGUUCCUGUGAACGAAGAAGAAGAGGAGCCAGAAGAGGACCUGUCCUUGCCGUUGCAGACCUUUGGUGGUAAGAAGGUGCGUCCCAGGACCACAUUGCACGGAACGCACAUCCCGGUGCCUGUCCGAGAGGUGCCCAAGCUGGUCUUCUCUCAGGAGGCUGUGGAGCGGGUGGAGGCGGCGGCGGCGAAUGGCGAGGUGAAUAUCGAUGAUCCGCAGUUGGCACCCACCAAGCCGCCCUGGGAGAUCCCGCGCGAGGGACAGAAGAAGUUCUGGACACCGCUGCCGGAGGAGAAGAAGAAAGAAGGUGUGCAAUAUCCCGAGUCGCCGGUGCGGGAGCUGGCGAAGAAGUACGGCGUGCGCCUCUCUGAGGAGGCCCUGGACCGUCUGGAGAAGGCCGCCGAGACAGCCGAGCCCAAUCGCAAUCGGAUCAGCUGGCAGAAGCCAGUGCUCAAGGACGAUGCCCCAGAAAAGCUGGCGUAA